AAUGAGAGAUGAUUUUGUAAAUCAUGCAGAAAUUGAACUCUCCGGUGAUGAACCUGUAAGCGAGAGGAAUUCCAAUCCUUCUUUCCAACAUGAUGAAAAUCUUCAACAAAGUGACCAACUGAAGACCAAGAAAAAAAAGAAGAAAAAUGAGAAGCCAAAGAAAAAAGUGGUUGGAAUUUUUGAAUUGUUUYGCUAUGCUGAUUGGGUGGAUAUACUUUUGAUGGUAGUUGGUUUGAUAGCAGCAACUGCAAAUGGUACCGGUUUACCGCUUAUGAUCAUUGUCUUUGGAGACAUGACAAAUUCUUUUGUUCUAAGUGGUAUGAACUCAAGUAUACCAGAAAAUACUUCAGCAAAUGUUUGUUUAGUUCCAGUAGAUAUAGAAGUUGAAAUGACAAAAUUUGCUUACUACUAUGUYGGAAUUGGCUGUGCUGUAUUGAUACUAAGCACCAUCCAAGUGUGGACAUUUUUGACUGCGGCCACAAGGCAGACAGCAAGGAUUCGUCAGAAGUUCUUUUUUGCAGUUCUUCAUCAGGAGAUGGCCUGGUUCGAUGCUACCCAGAUUGGAACGCUGAACACCAGACUGACAGAUGACAUCAACACCAUCCAUGAAGGCAUUGGAGAUAAAAUUUCUAUAUUUGUACAAUUUUUUGCCACAUUUCUGGCCGGAAUUAUUAUAGGAUUCAUCCAUGGCUGGAAGCUGACAUUAGUGAUUUUAUCAAUCAGCCCCCUGCUUGCUGCAUCAGCAGCAGUUUGGUCAACUCUCCUGGCAUCACUUACUGCUAAGGAGCUGUCUGCUUAUGCUAAAGCAGGGGCUGUAGCAGAAGAAAUUUUGACAGCUGUGAAGACUGUUGUGGCUUUCAAUGGACAAAAAAAAGCAAUAGCAAAAUAUGAUGUUAACCUGGAGUCAGCUAGAAAUGUUGGAGUGAAAAAAUCCAUUACUACCAACACAUCUCUAGGUGUUUCACAAUUUUUGAUCUUUGCAUCCUAUGCACUUGCAUUUUGGUAUGGAACCAAACUCACUGUGGAGGAGCAAGACGUCUAUAAUAUUGGUCGUGUACUGAUUGUCUUCUUCUCUGUGCUUAUCGGUGCCUUCUCUCUGGGACAGGCAGCUCCCAAUCUCGAGAGUGUGGCUAAUGCUCGUGGAGCUGCCUAUGAAGUAUACAAAAUUAUCAAAAAGAAACGUCUUAUAGAUAGUAGCUCUCAGGAAGGCUACAAACCGGACAAGAUCAUAGGAGAAAUUGAGUUCAGAAACAUACAUUUCAAUUACCCGUCCAGACCUGAUGUUACAAUUCUCAAAGGUUUAAAUUUGAAGGUUCAAACUGGGAAGACCAUUGCUCUAGUUGGUGCCAGUGGUUGUGGAAAAAGCACCAGCAUUCAGUUGCUACAGAGAUUCUAUGAUCCCGACCAAGGAGAAGUUACGUUAGAUGGAAGAGAUAUUCGGACACUUAACAUAAAGUGGCUAAGAGAAAAUAUUGGUAUUGUGAGUCAGGAGCCUGUUUUGUUUGCAACAACAAUAGCUGAGAAUAUUCGCUAUGGCAGAGAAGAUAUUUCUGAUGCUGAAAUUGAACAAGCAGCUAAAGAAGCCAAUGCUUUUGAUUUUAUAUCAAGACUGCCUGAUAAAUUUAACACCAUGGUAGGGGAAAGAGGGGCUCAGCUGAGCGGUGGACAGAAACAGCGAAUAGCYAUUGCCCGUGCCCUGGCAAGGAAUCCUAAGAUUCUUCUUCUGGAUGAAGCUACAUCUGCAUUAGAUACUCAGAGUGAAUCCAUAGUGCAAGCAGCUCUUGAUAAGGCUCGGAAUGGGCGCACCACCAUUGUAAUUGCUCACAGACUUUCUACUGUCAGGACUGCUGACACUAUUGCUGCACUUGAGAAAGGUGUUGUGGUUGAACAAGGUACACACAGUGAACUCAUGUUACAGAAGGGAGUCUACUACUCACUGGUAAUGCAGCAGGGUUGUAGCAAUAAUAUUGAAGAUGACAGGACAUCAGAAGAAGAUGAGGAAUCAGAAGUGGAGGAAUAUAGACAAAACAAUGGAAAUGACCUUGUGCAGGAAUUAACUGAUCAAGCUGGUUUUGGGGAUCUGGAGAUCCUUAAGAAAGGCAGUAUCCAUAGAAGAUCCAGCAGAUAUAAGAGUAGGAAACGCUCUUCUAAGAAAUCCUCUGAAAAAAAGAAGAAAAAGGACCUAGAGGAAGAAAAUCUCCCUGCUGUAUCAUACUCCAGAAUCCUGGCUCUAAACAAACCUGAAUGGCCAUAUAUAGSACUAGGAGUGAUUGCUGCUGCAGUUUUAGGUGGGGUCCAUCCUACAUUUGCUGUUCUAUUUGGAAAAAUCAUUGGGGCUUUCCAAGAAACGGAUGGAGAAAAAAGGAGUAAGAACACUUUGCUGUUUUCUCUAAUGUUUCUUGUACUUGGAGUGAUCACGUUAGCAGCUUACAUAGUCCAAGGAUUCAUGUUUGGAAAGUCUGGGGAAACACUGACAAUGAGAUUGCGCUCUUUGUCCUUCAGAGCAUUGCUUCAGCAGGAGAUUGGAUGGUAUGAUGAUCAAAAAAAUGCUGUUGGUGUGCUGUUAACUCGACUUGCUACAGAUGCUUCCCAAGUUAAAGGGGCAACUGGAUCUCGACUUGGACUGAUGACUAUGACUGUCUGUACUCUUUUGACUGCCAUCAUUAUUGCUUUUGUAUAUGGCUGGCAGUUAACUUUGCUUAUCCUGGCCUGCAUUCCUUUCGUUAUUGCUGCAAAUGCAGUAAGUGCUAGCUCUAUGUCUGGUCAUGCAGCAAAAGAUCAAAAAGCUUUGGAAGAGGCUGGAAGAAUUUCAACAGAAUCAGUUGAAAAUAUAAGAACUGUAGCUUCACUGACCAGGGAAGAUGCGUUUUAUGAAAGAUACAUUACAAGUUUGARCGGUCCAUAUAGAGAUUCUCUGGCAAAAGCCCCUUUCUAUGGAUUUACCUAUGGAAUAGCUCAGUGUGCAAACUACUUUAUUAAUGCAGCAGUCUUCAGAUUUGGGGCAUGGCUCAUUGCUCACUGUAUGACCAACUUUGAAAAUGUAUUCAUAGUAUUUUCUUCAGUCAUAUUUGCAGCUAUGAAUGUUGGUCAAUCUGCUUCCCUGGCACCAGAUUAUGGCAAAGCUAAAAUUUCAGCUCAAAGAAUCUUUCAGCUUUUGGACAGAAAACCUCUAAUUGACAGUUAUAGUGAAGAAGGAGAAAAACUGAGUAAUUUUGAAGGCAACAUUGAAUUCAGAAACAUCCAUUUCGUAUACCCAUCAAGACCAGAAGCUCAAGUUUUGCAAGGACUCAGCGUGAAGGUUAAUAAAGGACAGACUCUGGCCUUAGUAGGAAGCAGUGGCUGUGGUAAAAGCACCUCCAUUCAGCUCUUAGAAAGAUUUUAUGACCCUGUGGAAGGGCAAGUGUUGGCAGAUGGAUUUGAUACCAAGACUUUGCAUUUACAAUGGCUAAGGUCCAGACUGGGUCUGGUGUCACAGGAGCCUGUUUUGUUUGACUGCAGCAUUGCUGAAAAUAUUCAAUACGGAGACAACAGCAGGGUUGUAAGUCGAGAGGAAAUUGAAGAAGCUGCUAAAGCAGCAAAUAUACAUGCCUUCAUUGAAAAACUGCCAGAGAAAUAUGAUACCAGAGUAGGUGACAAAGGAACUCAGCUUUCUGGAGGUCAAAAGCAAAGAAUAGCAAUUGCUCGUGCUCUGGUUCGUAAGCCUGCUGUCCUGCUUCUGGAUGAAGCUACUUCUGCACUUGAUACAGAAAGUGAAAAGAUUGUCCAGAAAGCUCUGGAUAAUGCCCGGCAAGGUCGAACCUGCAUCGUUAUUGCUCACCGCCUGACGACUGUACAGACRGCGGACGUCAUUGCGGUGAUUCAGAAUGGCAGAGUGGUGGAGCAGGGCACUCACAGCCAGUUGAUGGCAAAGGAAGGAUAUUACUAUGCACUUGUAAAUGCACAAGUCUCUAAUUAGCUCUGUUUGAAAAUGUUUAUGGAAAGAGAAGGAAGACCUUACAAUGAAGUAAUAUUGGCUGUGUCUAUGCUGAUGAACAGAGCCAAGGAGUGCUUUCCAGCCUGGAGACCAUGCAUCACAGCCAGGCCAUAUGGCAUAGUACUUGUCCCACAUAUCCAUGAGGAUGAGCAACACACACCUCAGGGUGGGUUGUGAAAACACACAGGACAAUUUGAGGGGCAAAAUCUGUUGGGAGAGUUAUGGGGGACCAUAUAAGCUGUAGUAGUCAGACCUGUAGAAGUUGCAUCCGUACAAUGCCUUGGAUCUUUGCGCUUGCUGUGACCAAAUCCUGGUCUAUGCCUGCUGGCACAGGCUAAGUCAGUACCAGGGUAUACAACAGUGGUUAAUCACCUGGAUAAGUGAUACACUUGCUUGCCCAUAUAGUGUUUCCCAUCAGCUAGAUGCAGCCGUAAAGUCUCCUUAAUUUGCUAAUGAUGACUAKUUGAACUUCAAUGAUGYUGAGGUUCAAAAUAAAGACAUCUCYAUUAAAUUUGGGGAGGAAGUUGGAGUUUUCCCACUUUAUGACACAUUUUUAAUAUUACGCACACUUCUUGGAGAUUCAGUGUUCUAUUUCAGAAAAUAAUUGUAAUAAUUAUGUGCCUUCCAUGCAGAUAAACUGAUAUAAUACCAUUAUCUUGUUUAGUGCCUGCCUAAUCAUUGACCUUGCAAAGAUCAAUCACUCAACACUCAUCAGGGUCAUUUCAAAUAAAGUCUUCUGGGGGUUAGGAUGGUUCUUUUGGACCUGAUUCAUGUUAGUCAUGCCAGUAGUUACUCUAUGUGUGUGUGUGUGUAUUUUUCAACAUGUGAUUCUUUUCUUUUCAGUGUUUUUGAAGACUUUGAACUAUCACAAAUUCGGUAGCUUACCUACACAAACUUUAUUUCAUAUUAGUUAUUCCUCUGCUAUAGUCUUCAGGAUGCAUCCUUUAGUAGUUGAAAAAUAUGGUAACCAGAGAGGAUGGCCACAAAAUCAUUAUUUCUGGCUGGCCAUAGCAAGCUCUAGCACUUUAAUUUUCAAAGGCUUUGCAUGCAGUUUUAGUUUGGAACUCAUGGCCUGGAGCAAUAUAGAGUAUUUAUAAUUUCCAGGUAACCCUACUCAAUUU